AUGGGUGAUUUAUUACAAAAAGAACAAGAAUAUCGUAAAUUAAACGAUGAAUUGGAAAAUAAAACGAAAGAGUUAAUGCAAGAAGUAGAUGUAGUCAUGAAGAUUCAAGAUAAUCUUACGAAAAAUCCACUGGUAAUGGAAAAAGUUGAAUUUGUACCAAAACACAGCAAAAAAUUUUAUCAAGAACUAUCAGAAUACCAACAAGAUAAAAGUGAAGAAAUAAGUAAUAGUGUAACUGAUAAUAUCCCGGAUUCUGUUAAUGAUAUGGGAACGAAAGGAAUGAAUCAUUUUUUUCGUGCAAAAAUUCGUAAAAUGCAAAGUGAUUUUGAUAGGCUACAAAUUGAAUAUAGAAGUAAAAAUGAGGAAUUUAAGCGUAUUCAAAAAGAUAAUCAAAAACUUGCGGAAGACAAAGAGAAAUGGUUUCAAAUUUCAACCGGCAAUAAAACUCAAAUGCACAAAAUGGAAGCGCAAAUUUCAAUGCUUACCUCAAAAUUACAAUCGAGAGAAAACGAAAAUGUUUCUUUAAAAAAAGAAAUCGAUCAAUUACAGAAAGAAUUGAAAAAUGAAUCCGCAAAUUUAGCUAAUAUGGAGGUAAAGUGGAAAAAGGCAUCUGAAGAUGUAGAAAAACAUAAAGCUGCUUAUAAAAAUGCUAAACAAGAGGAAAAGGAACUAAGAGAAACGCAUAAAAAACAAAUUAGUGAAUUGAGCGGAGUUAUUAAAAGAAUAGAAAGACACAAAAUGGAAAUUUUAAAUGGGUUUAAAAAGCAACUACUUCUUAUAAAUAAUUUAAAAAAACAAAAGAUGCAUAUUGAAAGCAUUAAAUUAACUGAAAAGGCUGAUGAAGACUUCAUGAAACUAUUAGACUGGAAAAUAGAAUAAACAUUUAGAUUAAGAUUUACUUACGCUUUUAUUUUUCUGAAAAAGAAAUAAUAAUAAAAUGAUAAAUUUAUUACAAAAAAUAAACUGAAACUUUAUUUCUAAUGA